GAUAUUGUUAUGAAAAUAUAGUCUUACCCAACAAAAUAUAUUGUAAAUUAUUGCAUUUAUGAUUGCUGCUGUUAUUUUUUGUCAAAAACGAACUGUAGUGUUGAUAGAAACUCGCUUUAGCAGAAUCUCAAUAAUGCUAUAAUUAUGAAUGGAUCAAAAGACUACUCAGCUUAUUUAUUUCUCAAAAGCAACCACAGAUUCAGUAUUGAAGUUAACAGGUUUUAAACUUCUGAAGAAUGUCAUUAGAAUGUAGAUUAGUUAGUAAAUCUAGUUAUUGAUGAGAUAAAUUAUAAGUUACUGUAGUUUAUCGCACUAAUAUUUAUAUACGGUUAAUGAUUUUAGAACGUAUCACUGGAUUCGAAAUAUAUUCUCUCGAUUCCCGAGAUUUCGGUAAUCGCUGUUAUUGUAUGUUAUAUAUUUUGAAUUCCACAAAAGCAAUAUGGCAUGUGAAUAUCAAUUUUUUAAAGAAUCUAGUCAAUUCUAGUCACGCCGCUUCAUCAAAAACCUCCUUCACAACCAUGCACACAGUCAGAAGAGGAAUGCAAAUGGAAAACUUAUCUACAGAAGAGGCUAUCUCUAUCAAUCUGUUCGAGCCUAACCUUUGCAUACAAAAACAGUACUUUCAGUCUCUCAUUCUUCUGUAGCCUUCUGUUUUACUUAACUUGUCGUUUUUUGUUUUAUUUUGUUAUUCUACUCCUUUCCAAUUAUUUUC